AUGCAUCGUUUUCUAAAAAGGUCCGAAACGAGGAAGCAGUUGGAAGACGAGAAUUCCUUUUCAAAGCCAACUACUAACAAUACACUUCCCUCACUUCCAAAUCCCACCCGAACUUCUCUCAUCAUGCCAACAUUAACUAAACGAUUUAGCGUAUUACGUAGGGGUGAGACUACCCUUGACACUAACGAUAAGGAACGUGACUCAACUGAUAUACAAGUUUCUGAUACUACAAAAACUUAUAAUAUAAAUAGUUCUCAACUGCAGAAAAAAUCUGUUGUGGAAUUUGGAUUCAUGAUGGCAAGCAUUUAUAUAAGCCUUUUAUGUCUUACUAUAAGUGCAUUAUCUUUGGCAUUCAGAGUUCGGCUUACAAAAUACGCAAAUCAGAAGUACUUAAAGGACAUUGUUUUCUAUAAAAUUUCUAAUCUCGAUAAUCGGAUUCAAAAUGCGGAUCAAUUAUUGACUCAGGAUAUUGAUAAGUUUGCCGAGAAUCUAAGCCAUUUAUAUUCGGAUAUUGCUAAGCCGAUUGUCGAUAUGGUCUUGUUUGCUUACAAGUUAGGAGAAGCCAUUGGCAGAGAAGGUCUUCUUCUUCGUGCACUUUCACCACCGUUUGGCAAAUACACUGCCAUAGAGCAAAAACUUGAAGGCGAUUUUAGAUUUACGCAAUCUCGUAUCAUUACUCACUCGGAAGAAAUCGCUUUUUACGGCGGUGGUGAACGAGAACAAAUUGUGGUCAAUACAAGCUUUGAUAAAAUUGUGAAACAUACUAAAAAAACAUACCGCCUCCGCUUUAUUAAUGGAAUAAUUGAUUCAGUUUUAGUUAAAUAUUGUGCAACAAUGACUGCUUAUUACUUAUUAGCAAGGCCUGUAUUUGACCCGCGGUAUGCUACCGAAUUUAUGGGUAAACUUGAUGCUGAUCCAACAAAGAUUAUGGAAGAUUAUUCGAGAAAUUGUGGCUGGUUAUCUGGUGAACCUGUCUCAAGCUGUUGGAAGGCUCGUGUGGCAGAACUUUUCGAUGUGCUGGAUGAUGUUAAUGAUGGCAGAUACGAACGCACUAUUGUUAACAAAGACGCAAAUGAAGCUAACGUUAGUAAAGUUGUGUCACAAAAUGACCUUGAUGGAAAAAUCGUAGCGCACGAUGGCGUUAUUGUUUUUGAAAAAGUCCCGAUCGUAACACCUAGUCAAGAUGUACUGGUUGAAACAGGAAUGAACUGCCUGAUAUUUGGACCCAAUGGAUGUGGAAAAAGCUCUCUAUUUCGUAUUCUCGGCGAAUUAUGGCCUUUGUUUGGUGGAACUGUUACCAAGCCUCCGGCAUCCAAACUGUUUUAUAUACCUCAAAAGCCAUACUUAGCACUCGGGACUUUCCGAGAUCAAAUUAUUUAUCCAGAUACUAAAGCUAUGGCGCGAUUAAAAGGGUUUGAAGAUAACAAAUUAAUGGAACUACUUGAUGUUGUUCACUUGGGUAAUUUAAUCGCACGAGAAGGUGGAUGGGAUGUGGUUCGAGAUUGGGCCGAGGUUUUGUCCGGAGGUGAAAAACAGAGAGUGGCAAUGGCAAGACUAUUUUAUCACAAGCCUCAAUUCGCGAUCUUGGAUGAAUGUACGAGUGCUGUGAGUGUUGAUGUUGAAGUUAAAUAUCACGAAUGGCUUCUUCGGUUUGAUGGAGAAGGCGGUUAUGAAUUUAGAAGGAUUAAUGAAGAGGACCUUACGGCACCAUUGUUAUUUUCUCAUAAUAAAACGGGCAAAAAGAAAUUCGCGAUUGGGCAAGAUGAUGGUGAAGGCGAUGACGAGAUGGGUGAAUAUGCGGACAAUGAAAAAAACAGCUCAUCUGGGAGCAACAUUUCCUAUGAGUAG